UCUUCUCGGCUCUGGCAGCAAAUCCGAACCAACAGACAGGCAACGGCUUUUAUUGCUGGACUGUUGAGGAUUAUGGUUCCGUCGUCUGGCGGACACGGCAAGGCGUCAUUGUGAGUCCACACAUGGUCCGGCGUCUGUUCCCUGACAGGCGCGUGUCAGACUCGGUGGAGCAUGUCAGCUGCUGUUUGACACACCGAAGGCUUCCGAGCGAACCGGGCUUCCAGCGAUGGCGUCUGUGGUGAGCAGCUUCGCCGGACCCGAGGUUCUGGAGAACCGCGAUCACGCCAGCAGCUUGCUGAAGGAGCUGAAGGUGUUGUACGACAGUCGGCUGCUGGGCGACGUCACCAUCGGAGUGGCUCGUGACGACGAGGGUCCGGGACCGAGCGGGGCUGACACGGUCCAGCUCUUCCUCUGCAGCCGCACGGUCCUGGCGGCGGCGAGCCCCUACUUCAAGAGCAUGUUCACCGUGGGCCUGAACGAGAGCGUGCAGGAGCGGGUGGUCAUCCGCGGCGUGGACGCCGAGUCCAUGUCGGUCAUCAUCGAUUACUGCUACACGGGGACGGUGAGCAUCAGCGAGGGCAACGUCCAGAGGCUGUACGCCGCCGCCAACAUGCUCCAGCUGGAGUACAUCCGCUCCGCCUGCUCCUGCUUCAUGACACGGCGGCUGGACCUCAGCAACUGCGUGGGCAUCCUCAAGUUUGCCGACACCUAUGACAACCCUGAGCUGAAGAGGAGCGCGCAGGCCUUCAUCGCCAGGAACUUCUGCCAGCUGUGUCCGGGUGGAGAACUGUGCGAGCUGGACCUGGAUCAGCUGAAGGAGCUGCUCACGCUGGACACCCUGGACGUGGACUGUGAGAGGAAGGUGUGUUUGGCGGCUUUAAAGUGGAUCGAAGCCAACGCGCAGCAGAAAGAGGAGGAGGCCUUGCAGGCGCUGAACUGCGUGAGGUGGAAUUUGUUCACCGAGAAGGACAAGUGCUACCUGGAGGAGCUGAUGGCCACGCCUUUAAUUGAGAAAUACCUGGAGUGCUUCUUCAACCGCUUGUCCGCUGAGAAGCUCGGCCCACCGGUCGCACCUGAAAUGCCAAAGAAACGAAUAGGUGUGAGCGCCAAAGAGAUGAUUCUUUUCUUCGGCCUCCCCAACGACAACAUCAUGUGCUGCGACCCGUACUCUGAGGAGCUGUUCUUCAUGGCUCCUCCUCUGGAGGAUCUCAGUAAUCAGGAUUAUAAACGCUCCACGAUGGAGUCGUUAAUCGCGUGUGCCUCUCCGGAAAACAACCUCUACCUUGCUUCACACCUGUCCAAACACUUCUGGCUGUACAAUCCGGUCCUCAACAGCUGGCAGGAGCUGGCAGAGCGCCCCCUAGGGAGGAUGCACUCUGGGAUGGGCUACCUCAACGGCCAUGUGUAUCUGCUGGGAGGGAGGAACCCGGUGACGGACGUCAGGCUGAAGGAGGUGGAGUGCUACAGCGUCCAGAGGAACCAGUGGACCUUUGUGGCUCCUCUGCCUCAUUCCUUGGGUAAAAUGCAGGUGGUGGCUUUGAACGAUCACCUGUACGUGGUCAACAAAAGGCGGAUGCUUUGCUACGACCCAAAGAGGAAUCGCUGGCGCCACUGCGGGUCCUUGCGCAGAGACAAGCUUCACAAGGCCUGCGUUUUUCAGGACCAGAUCAUCUGCGUCUGCGACAUUCCCGUGGUGAAGGCUUACAACCCCACCAGGGGGGAGUGGAGGAGGCUGGGCGACGUCCCUAUUGACAGUCGGGCUUUAAACUACCAGGUGAUCCAGCACAACAACAAGCUCCUCCUCCUCACGCAGACCUUGCUGCAGCACAACAAGAACAGAGUGCUCAUCCACGAGUACGACCCCGGCAGAGACGCCUGGAAGAACGUCAUGGCCGUCCCGGUCUCCACGCUGGGCCCGGUCUGCGUCUCCACACGGGUUUACCCAGCAUGCCUCGGCUCGGCUCACAGCUUCUCCACGGAGGAGGACGACGACAGCGGCUCCAGCGCUGACUGGGACCUGGAUGGUUUGACUGAUGCCGAGUCCGACUCCGGCAGCUCCAGCUCCUUCUCUGAUGAGAACUGGUAGCCACCGACAAGGGAUUUGAUUUUAUUUAUUUUAUAGACUCAGGAUGUGGAAUCUAGAUCAAUGUUUGAAAAUGCGCUGUUGUAUUGCGGCUGUCCUCGCUUCUCAUCAGAUCACAUGACUUCCACUGUUUCCACCAGACCACUCUGGACAGCAUCAUGAUGGAAACAGAAGAAGCUUUCGCCUUCCUCUGUGAGUAGUUUAUACUCCGGCAGCUACUGUUUAGAUGAACUACCAGAUGAAACCGUAUCACACAGCAGUGUUAAAGGUUCGGAUGCCAAAUCGUCCUGUUAUUUUAAGGAUCCUGCAUAUGUCAUUCAGUCGAUCUUAACGUUCCACUUGUACAAACAAUAUAACUGAAUUCUCAUUUCAGAUUGUUGCCAAAAAACUGUACAUACAUGUGUUUAUGGACCAUGCAAGACUAACUAAGCUACACAAAGAAUAAACCUCUUUAAAUGAGACUUUUAUGGGGGCAAUGAAAAUGUUAAGUCAUGAUGUGUGUUUUUGGGCUGCACGAUCAGUGUGUUUUGAUCUGUAUUUUCUUCACUCCAACUCCAGGGAAUGUUCUUUGACACGUCUGAAACAGGGUUUGUGUCUCCACUAGGGGGUGACAACUGUGCCAAUCUACUUUUGUGACGCGUUAAGGUUGCCAUUUUAAAAAUAAAUGUUUCAACAUUUUGUUGUUGGUGAGUUCAUGUUAAGGCAUUAAAUAUUGAAUGGUUAUACAAGCACAAGUGGCUUGUAGGUAAUAUGAUUGUUUCUCUACAGCUAUCAGAUGGACUUGCACUCAGCA